GUCACCUCGGCCGAAUAUUUCAACUCCACGGAUUAUUAGGUCUAAACCACAGAACAUUUCCACACCGCCUCUCAGAAACCUCCCACAUACACGACAGAUAACCGCGCUACCACGAGAGCGAGACAUUUUGAAGACGAAGUCGACUCGUUCUUUCCGGCAACACGCCUGUAUCCUUAACUUGAAUCGCGGUGUUUUGACCAACAGGCAAGCCGACGAACUGCACAAAUCAAUCAUUGCAUAACACCUGUCAGCGAAUAACCUGUCCACGGCCGCCGAGACAUUUAGAGCCGAGUUGAGUUUGGAGAAGAUGUCUUCGACCCUGGGACAACAGUAAAAUACCAGUCGCUACUCGAGAAGAAAUGGACAAGUGUUGUUCACUUACAGAAGAAGGUGAUGCAUCUCGAGUCUGUCAACAUCGCACUGCAAUCCGAGGUCGACAGCGCAUCACCAUCCACAAACCUCUCCAAGCGCAACCGAGACUCUGUAAGUUGGCUCCCACGAUCCCCUCCGCGACAUCUGCUCGAAUCCCACCAAGCGACCGUCAACUGCUCGCAUUCCAUCCGAUCUUUUCCUCCCUGGCCUCAGGCUCCAACGACUCCACAGUCAAGGUCUGGGACUGGGAACUAGGCGAGCUCGAAAGAACCCUCAAAGGCCGCAGGAAAGCGGUCCUGGACGUGAAUUACGGCAGUCCAAGAGGCAGCAUCCUCCUGGCAUCCUGCAGCUCCGACUCGACCAUCAGGCUGUGGGGCCCGGCCGACGAGUACAAGAACAUCCGGACGCUGGCCGGUCAUGGAUCAUAGCGUUAGCGCAGUCGGGUUCCUGACUGGCAGCUCCGGGCCUCAGAACCUGCUCGUCAUCAG